AUGGCUCGACUUUAUGUUGGCAUUCGUAAGAACUUGGCUAAGCUUGAGACCGACAAUGCUGCUGAACAUUUCCUGCAGAUUCUUUCCAUUGCUCCAAAAAAUCCAGAAGUAUGGUUGAAACUCGGGGUUAAAUCCAUAGCAAAAGGAGAUGUAGACUUUGCGAAGUUUGCUUUUGAACACGCAGAGGGCAACGAUGCGAUAGAUGCACUACUCAGCGCCCUCUACUUAUCGCGGAAUUACCAUGGUGCGAGUUCAAAAUGAUC